CUCCCUCAGAGUGGCUGUGCCCUUCUGUCAAGUUUGCACCAUGUCGGGUUUUGAUGCGAACACUGUCCAUGCCGUGCCCGUUCUUCGCCCCGAUCCUUCAUCAUCAUCGGGCCUGUCGGGCGGCCUCUCCUCCUCUGAAUUUAAUUCCCUGCUUCGUGAUUUCAUAAUGGCGUUCCGCGUUGGAGGUGAUUUCAUCUAUCGGGAUCAACUCCGCGCAAAUGUGAUUCUCAAGCAAUAUCUUUUGGACGUUGAUCUCCGUCACGUCGGCUUAUUUCACGAGGAGCUCGGGCAUGCAAUUCAGGUUCACCCUGGAGUCUUAGUGCCUUUGUUUGAAAAAGAAGCCACCAGAUGUGCGAAACGCAUUCUUGAACCCGGCCGGCACCUCAGCGACUCAAGAAGGGACGGCCAGCGCAGUGACGACGAGGAGGACACCGCCCAAAUUAUCGGUGGAGUGGCCUCAGAGAUCCCCCUCAUUCAAGUAAUGAUACAUACCGGGAUGAACAUGCAGAGCCUUCGCAACCUCACCUCUGAAUCAAUGAACAAGCUCAUCAGAACCCCCGGUAUUGUCAUCCAGACGGCCACUCUCCAAGCCCGGGCCACCAAGCUCGCUCUCCGAUGUCGUGUCUGUGGCUCUACAAAACGUAUUUAUCCAACUUCUGGCAUUGGUGGUAUUGGGACUGGGGGUGGGCGGGGCGAGCAGGGGCUCCCGCGAAUCUGUGACGCUCCCCCCUUAGAGUCUGGGCAGAAGAAGGAUUGUGGGCUCGAUCCUUACCAGAUCAUGCAUGACAAAUGCGAGUUCAUGGACAGCCAGACUUUGAAACUGCAAGAAGCUCCAGAUAUGGUCCCAGUAGGAGAGCUUCCGCGCCACCUGAUACUAUUCGCUGACAGGUACCUAACUUCCAGAGUGGCACCCGGCUCAAGAGUGAUCGUGACGGGGAUCUACUCCACUUUCAAUGUUGGGAAGAAUAAAAACUCUUCAGGAGCAGUAGCUGUCCGCCAGCCGUACCUGCGACUCUUGCACAUCGAACAAGAUACAUCGUUUUCUGGUUCUCAUGGGGCUUUCGGUUCCCGCUUUACCCCUCAAGAAGAGGAGGAAUUCGCUCAGAUGGCCAGAAGUCCUGCAUUCUAUGAGCGAUUUGCCAACAGCGUUGCCCCUAGUAUUUUUGGUAGUUUGGACAUUAAAAAGGCUAUCGCCUGCCUAUUGUUCGGUGGCUCCAAAAAGUUGCUACCAGAUGGGAUGCGGCUUCGCGGAGACAUCAACGUGUUGCUUCUUGGGGAUCCCGGGACGGCCAAGUCGCAGUUGCUGAAAUUUGUUGAGAAGGUAGCACCAAUUGCUGUAUAUACGUCAGGAAAAGGCAGUAGCGCAGCUGGUUUGACCGCAAGUGUUCAGCGCGAUAGCACCUCACGCGAGUUUUACCUCGAGGGAGGCGCGAUGGUCUUGGCGGAUGGCGGAGUUGUAUGUAUUGACGAGUUUGAUAAAAUGCGAGACGAAGAUAGGGUGGCGAUUCAUGAAGCUAUGGAACAGCAGACUAUCUCAAUAGCUAAAGCCGGGAUCACAACCGUCCUCAACUCGAGAGCAAGCGUCCUAGCCGCUGCUAAUCCUGUGUUCGGGCGGUAUGACGAAGCUAGAAGUGCCGGGGAUAACAUCGAUUUCCAAGUCACCAUUUUGUCUCGUUUUGAUAUGAUCUUUAUCGUCAAAGAUACUCAUGAUGAGGCGCGAGAUAAGGCUAUAGCAGAGCAUGUCGUUGGUUUGCAUAUGAACCGGGUUAUGGAAGUUGAAACGAACGUUGAAGGGGAACUUAGUCUGGAAAAGAUGAAACGAUACAUUGCUUUUUGCAAAGCGAAAUGCGCCCCUCGCUUGACGCCUGAAGCAGCAACGCUUCUGAGCAGUCACUUUGUAGCAUUCCGGAAGGAAGUUCAACAGCUUGAGGCUGAGAACAGGGAAAGGAAUUCUAUUCCUAUGACCGCACGUCAACUAGAAGCCAUCAUUCGUAUCUCUGAGGCACUCGCCAAAAUGACAUUAUCGCCGACGGUGCACGAGCACCACGUCAACGAGGCAAUUCGCUUGUUCAAAACUUCGACCAUGGACGCUGUCACAGCCAGUGGGGUGGAGGGCAUUUCUCGCGGCGAGCUGAAUGAGGAGGUGCAGGCCAUAGAGAAAGAAAUAAGGAAGCGGCUUCCUAUUGGUUGGAGCACAAGUUACCAGGCUUUGGUGAAGGAGUUUGUGCAGAAUCAAGGUUUUACUCAACAUGCUCUCGAUCGUUCUCUGUACAUUCUAGAAAAACGGGAAGUGAUACGAUUCUCAAACCAAAAGAAGGUCGUUCAUAGAUCUGGCGUUUAGUUAGCAAAUACAUGACUGUAUCGAUGCACCCCUUAUACUCAGCAUGGCUAUUUCUAAUGUAACCUACUGGCAUAUCUAGCUAGCACCUGGAAUCAAUCCUUUUUCUUAUUUGACAGCUA